GGGAAGGGAAGGAGCAGGGAAGAGGGGCUCCCAUUCAAAGUGUGUGGGCCGUCGGCUGGCGAGCGCCAGGACAGCAAGCGGACAAAGAGGGACCGAGCGGGGGAGAGGGAGAGAGAGCGAGCGAGCGAGAGAGAGGACGGGGCCCCGCGACGCUACACACGAGGGAGCAGCGAUGUGGGCGACACACUCGGAGCGCGUAGGUACAGCGAGCGGCCGCCAUGGCUCUGGUGCAGGCCCUGCCCGUCCCCACUGAUCCCCGCAGCUCCGGCAUCGACAUCCAGGGCCACUCGGCCUCGCCGCCCGCCGUCCACGGCACCAUGGGCUCCGUCAGCAGCCUGAUCGCAGGCCGCAGCUACCAGGAACGCAACUGCCGGCCCGCCGACUUCGGCGCCCGCAGCCGGAAGCCGACGCCAGGAGCCAGUUGUUUCCGGUCCAGCAGUUCCACAGAGCACCUGGUUGGCCAUAACCCCCCGCCCACCAGCAAGAAGUUGGGCUCUGUUGCCAACGGCAAUGCCAACUACGCUUACCUGAAUGAGGACUUUGUCGGGGACUGGAACGAUAACCACGUGGCGGCAGGCAGCCCCGCUAGCGACCCGGAGGAGGCCAGGGAGGCACGUGUCCUCAACGGCAACAUUGGUGGGCCUCCUCCGAAGCUCAUCCCUGUGUCAGGGAAGCUGGAGAAGAAUAUGGAGAAGACAGUGAUCAGGCCCACAGCCUUCAAGCCCGUGGUUCCAAAGAACCGGAAUUCGGUGCAGUACCUUUCCCCACGGCCAGGAGGUACGCUCUCUGAGAGCCAGGGUAGCCUGAACCUGCUUCUGCCGAGUUCCGGCGGCUCCCCGAGUUGCGGCGACAAGAGGGGCUCCUAUAGCGGGGGGCGCAACGGCAGCGGGAGCGGUGGGGCUGGGGGCGGCAGCCAGUCCUGCGGGACAUCUGACUCCGGACGCAACUCCUUGUCCAGCCUGCCCACCUACAGCAGCACAGGGUACGGCCUGGGUACCGGCGAAGCCCCCGUGGGCCAACCUGAGCCAGCAAGGGCCGCCCCGGGCCACGGCCACUCCGCCUCGGACAGCGGGCGCUCAUCCUCCAGCAAGAGCACAGGCUCCCUGGGUGGGCGUGGCCAACCCCUGUCAGACGGCAGCUCCUGCGGGCGCUCGCCUGCCCCGGCCGAGGGCUACGAGUGCAUCGUCCGUGAGCUGGAGGACAAGCUGCGGGAAAGGGAGCUGGAGCUGCAGCAGCUGCGCGACAACCUGGACGAGAACGAGGCCGCCAUCUGCCAGGUGUACGAGGAGAAGCAAAAGCGCUGUGAGCUCGAGCUGGAGGAGCUGCGCCAGAGCUGCGCGAGCCGCAUGAGGCAGGCGGCACAACGUGCCCAGAGAGCCCAGCAGGUCCUCCAGCUCCAGGUCUACCAGUUGCAGCAGGAGAAGAAGAAGCUCCAGGAGGACUUUGCGCAGCUUCUGCAGGAGCGAGAGCUCCUUGAGAGCCGCUGUGCCUCCAUCCAGCGCCAACAGACCCAACUGGGUCCCCGGCUGGAGGAGACCAAGUGGGAGGUGUGCCAGAAGUCAGGCGAGAUCUCGCUUCUGAAACAGCAGCUGAAAGAUCUACAGGCUGAGCUGAGCCAGCGGACAGGCGAAAUCAUCGCCCUGAAGGCGCAGCUGCGAGAGGCACGGGCGGAGCUGCAGGCCGGCGAGGCUCGCGCCCAGGAAGCACGAGCUGCCGCUCGCACCCGCACCUUGGAGCUGGAGGUCUGCGAGAACGAGCUGCAGCGCCGCAAGAGCGAAGCCGAGCUGCUGCGCGAGAAGGCCGGGCGACUAGAGGAGGAGUCAGCCCGCCUCCGGGAGGCCCUGGGCCAGUGUCGUGGAUCGACUCCGUCCCCAGGGCGGGGUCUGGGACUAAGCCCCUCCCACCGGGAGGCAGAGGAGCUGCUGGCCUGCGAGAGCGAUGAGGCCAAAGUCCAGCGGCAGAGCAGCAGCACCGGCCUGCAGGGCCUGAGGCAGCAGGUGGAGCGGUUAAGGGCGGAGCUGAUGUUCGAGCGGCGUCACAGCGAGGAGCAACUGGGCGCCUUCGAGGAGGAGCGCCGCGUGUGGCAGGAGGAGAAGGAGAAGGUGAUCCGCUACCAGAAGCAGCUGCAGCAGAACUACGUGCAGAUGUACCAGCGGAACCGGGAGCUGGAGCGGGUCAUGCGGGAGCUCAGCCUGGAGCUGGAGACGCGUGAGCUCGAGGAGAUGGACGGCACCGCCCACGAGAUCCACUUUGAGGAGAUCGCCGCCACCGAGAUCUAGUCCGGCCCUGGGUCCCAGUCACGCGAUCAGGUCCCGGAAAGUGGGCGGGGGGGCAUCUAACAGGAAAAGUACUUCUGGACUGUCCCUCCGCUUUAAAAACCGUAUCCGAACAAGGGAGGGCUGAGAAUUAAAGGCCCCGGAAGACUUUACCGACGCACAUGUCCAUAACCUGGUCAGCCAGGACCGAGAGGUGCCCCAGUCGGAGCCUGGAUGCUGUUCCACGUGUCCUAAUCAAGGAUCUUCGGCACCACGUCCAGUUUUUACAGGCAACAUUCAGAGGUCAUGAUAAAGUGCAAUAAGUUGUCAACACAGCAGUUCAACACAUCUGGCAGAGCUGCCGUUUUGUUACAGCAGGGAACUUGCCACGUCAUACUGGUGGGUGUGGUGCUCCCAUAAUACCUCUCUGCAUAGGGUCCUGGGUUGUUUGGGAGGUCACGAAAGACUAAACUAAACAAACAGCCGGCUAACGGGGGCCUGCAGGGGUCAGAAGGUCACAGCCUGCCCGCAUGGGGCUGGUAAAUCUGGAGACAGGUUGCUGAACCGUCUGGAAUGCGUGGUGAGACGGUGGCCCUGGCUGGUUCUUCCCUAUCUGAUGGAAGCUGAAGUAGGGGCUCAGAACCCUGUGCUACUGAGGUAUUGCUGUUGUUGUUGCUGCUGCUGCUUCUGCUUCAUCAUUAGCAAAGGGAGGCGGAUCUAAGGGUGUCUUCGGGCUGUGCGUCCUUAUCCAGGCUUGCGUGUGCUGUAUGGGACUGAAGUGGGGGUGGGGUCACAUCAACCGUCCUUCACGACAGUAGUGAAUGUGGAUCGAAGGUCUAGGGGAGUGUGAGAAACUUGAGGCCUCACGACACAGACUGUCCAGGUGGUCAAAGAGGCAGAUGAAGCAUACGCUCCCGAGCCAUAAAUCUUUGCAGUCACCCCCAAAAUCUUAAAACCCAAAUGGAUCCCUCCCUCUUUCGGUUGGCCAGUGUCCAACGAUGGUCCAUUCUCCUCAUGCUCGGGGCGGGGCUUAUUCAGCCCAAAUAAAGUGACACCAGGCACGACUCCAUGUACAAUCGUGCCUGUUGUGCAGUAGCACUAACACACACUCAUGAGCGAAGG